AUGAGCGCGCAGGUCUCGUUCCUGGACGGCACCCUGAGCCUGAUCCACAUCCCUCUGGACCUCUACCCCAGCCUCCUCCAGCCGAUCCUCAAGGUCCUCCUCCCUCCCAGCCAAAACCCCAGGCCGAGCAGGGCGGAUUCCCUGACCAUCGAGGACCACCGCCAUGGCUUCCUCAACAUCAGCGUCACGCCCAUUGAGUGCUCCAUCGUGUGCAACUCGGCCUGGGCGACGUCUGUCUUUGAGCCUGCCAUCAAGCGCCUGCCCGAGAGCCAGGCCAAGGCGGUCACCAUCUCCAAGGACACGUACAUUGCCCUGAGUGUGUACGGGUCGGGCAUGGACGCGGGCUCGCGGGUUGCAGACCUGACGUCGCCGCUGGCUCUGGCGAAUAUCUCCAUCUUUUUCAUCACGACAUAUUACUCCGACUUCAUCCUCAUCCCCACCAAAGACCGCCAAGCCGUCGUCGAGACCCUCCUCUCGCGAGACUUUGUCUUUUCCGACGACGACGGCCAAACCAACCUGGUAUGCGGCACCUCACCCACCACAGCAACCGCAACCACAACAACACCCACCCCCCAAACCCAACCCCAACCCCAACCACCCCAAACCAGCGACCCCGCCACCAUCUCCACCCUCCAACAACGCACCUUCACCCUCCUCCAAAAGCGACACAUCACGCCCUACCUCUCCCCGGGCCUAACCCUCGUCCAAUGCAGCGGCAUCCGCGGCGCCGUAACCCCCUCGCACCAACCCUCCGCCAAACCCAACCCCAACCCCAAAGCCCAACAACGCAGAGCCCCCCCCGCCUGGGUCGACACCAUCGACACCAAGCUGUACACCAGCAUCGUGACGGCGCUGGCGGCGGCGCCGCGGUUUUUGAGCGUCACGCUCGCGCCGGACGAUCCGCCGGCGUUGUUGGUGGAUCGGGCGUUGUUGGGGGUUGUUUGGGGAUAG